AUGGACAAAGCAUCCUCCGUCCUCGCCGCUCUCGAAGCCGGCAAGCUGCCCUCCACACAACAGAUUAACGUGUUCAUCGACUGGCUGAGCGACGUCGGUAUCGCGCGGGUCGAUGCUAAUCUCGCCAAAGCUGCAGAGGAAGUCGACGAAGCUGUCUCCGCCGCCGCGGCGUCGCAGAACGUCGACGUCAAUGCUAAUACCAACAUCAACGCGGAUGCACUGAGCGCACAGGGCCGCGUACUCGCGAGCGGGCUACGCGGUGUGCUCGAUGCGUACAAGCAGCUGGGGAUCAACAAGAACGGGGACAACGUCCUCCAACAAGCCCUUCACCACCUCACGCAGGGCGAUCUCACAUCCACACCCGAGGCGCAACAAACCAAAGACGACGCGCUAAACGACAUCUCUGCCAUCCGCCGUGCUCUCCGCACACUGCUCACCACGCUCUGGUCCUCUCUCUCCUCCGAGGGCACGUCGCUGGGCGAGGACAUCCUCUCGCUCAUCCGGCUCUCGCUCGCAGACGCCGCGGAGCUCGUCGAGGGGCAGGCUGGGUCCGCAAAGGCCGCGAUCCGCAGUGUGGAAGAGGAGGUGCGCGAGGGCAAGCGGGAUGCGCUGGGGCGGGAGAAGAAAAGGAUGGAGGAGGAGCGGGAGGGAGGCGCCAAGGUCCGGUGGGAGCAUGGGAUGGAUGUCGUUAAGGAUACAGGGUCCACUGUCAUUGGUACGGUGCAAAGUACUACCCAGGCGAUUGAGGAGAAGAAGGAGAAGACUGGUUCGAGGCUUCGUGAGACAUUCUACAAGGUCAGCGACCGUGCAAAGAACGAUCCCGAGUACCGCCAAUCCCUCGACACGCUCUUCGACAUCGUGCAGAAGCGGCUCAACAGCACCAUUGACGCGGCAUCCGAUCCCAACACCACACUCUCCAGCUUCGUCUCUGACCCGACACCCGAGCAGCACAUUCCCAAGGCUCUCAACCUGCUCCGCACGCUCGUCGAGCGCCUGGCAAACACCUCGCUUGAGCCGCUGAUCCAGAAAUUCCGCACGGCUGCAUAUACAAUCUUGCAAGACCCCGAGCUCAAGGCGUGGUUCGACGACUUUCUCUCUGUGUCGCGGAAGAAUCUUGCGGAUCCGGGGUACGCGCGUUCUGAUGAGGCCGAGGCGAAACGCCAGGAACUGCGCUCGAGGUGGAAGGCACUUCUGGACAAGGACUCGUCGGGUAAAUGGAAGAUGGUCGUCGAUGAUUUGAAGAAGGAGUUGAACAACGUGCAAAGUGGCAUGGAGAACGACGAGGACCUGAAUAGGCUCAAGGAGGCGCAUGCUAAGCUGGGCGCGGAUAUUGAGAGGGGACUCGUUGAUGCGAGCGAGGAGGCGAAGACGGGUGUGCAGGCUGCGAUUGAGCAGGCGACGUGGUUCUGGCAGGACCUGUUCAAGUAUUAUAUUCCAAAGUUCUUGUCAAAGAUGAAGGACGUUCCUAUCCCAAGAACGGAAUACAAGGACGAUGAGAUCGAGUUUGUGCUCGAGAACCUCGAUAUCUCAACAUUCAACAUCUUGCCGUCGCAUGUAUACAUUCGCAACAUCACCGACAUCGACAUCCAAACGUCUGCGAAACCAUCCACUCCUUCUCACACCAACGUCGGCGCGCUAACGCACGUACGCAUCCAAGCACUGCAACUCUCGCUCAAAGACGUCUCGUUCUGGUACAAAGACAAAACGGCGUCCGCCAUCGGCCCCUCCGAGUUUACCGGUCUUCUAGGCCUGAAGCUGCCGGAGAAAGGGAUCGAUGUGGACCUCAAGAUCCGGCUUAUCCCUGCGAACGCGACAGGCUCGCACUCGCGCGCGGCGCGCAAGCACUUUAACGUCAUUGAGAGCGCGUCGGUGUCGAUCGCUGAAGACGUAGGGAUCGAUAUCAGGGAUUCCAACCACUCGGUGCUCGUGACGGUCUUCAAACCGAUGAUGGUCGCGAAGAUGCGGCAGGCGCUGGAGAAGACGCUGACGGAGCAGAUUCGGGCUAUUGUGGAUUGGGCGGACGGUGUAGCGUUCGAUGUGGGCAGGCGCAGGGAGGUGUUUGAGGAUACAGGGCUUGGAGGCGGCGGGUCGCUUAUGGCUGCCGUAUGGAGCGAGAUUGGGCGGCUGGAGCGCGAGAGCAGGGAGGGGCCGGUGGAGAUGGGGUGGCAUGCCACGGGAACGGGUCUGGUUGUCGAGCAGAGCGUGCGUGUGGAGGGCACAGGAGAUGAGUUUGGCGAGGGCCAGGAGGUGCGCAGGUCAAUGUUGGCCAUGGGUGCUGAGCCACAGAUUUUGGACGGGGCAAAGCGCGGGCCUGUAGGGAGUGGGUCGGAGAGGAUUGUGGACAAGUUGGAGAGGAGGGCGGAGGAGAUGGAUGUUGAUGUUCCAGAGGUUGAUGUGCGGGGUGUGAAGAGGCAGGCGGGCCAGUUGGCCAAGGAUGUGCAGGAGAGGGCGCAGGGGCUGUAUAAGGAGGGUGAGAGGCAGGUCAAAGGUUUCAGGAGGAGUGUCGAGAGGAAGAAGCAGGUCGAACUCAACAGGCAGGGUUGGCAGAGUAGCAGCUUUGAUGUUUGA